AUGCAGCGAAGCCGCCUUUACAAGACAGGGAGAUUAUUAAACCCUCCAUAACAGAGCUCACCAAAGAAGUGCGGACCAACAUUCUCUGUACGGUGGAAGGAUGUGGGAAGAUUCUGCCCAACACUCCAGCACUUAACAUGCAUCUAGUCAAGUCCCACAGAAUCAAGGAGGGACUAGUCAACCCAACAAUUAGGAAGGACAUUAAAGAUUCACAAAAGCUCUACUGCUGCCCAAUAGAAGGCUGCCCAAGAGGACCAAACAGACCCUUUUCUCAGUUUUCGCUUGUCAAACAGCACUUUAUGAAGAUGCAUGCAGAAAAGAAGCACAAGUGUGUGAAGUGCAGUAAUGGUUACAGCACCGAGUGGGACCUGCGAAGACAUGUUGAGGAUUGUGGGAGGACUUACAGCUGUACAUGCGGUUGUCCCUAUGCCAGUAGAGCAGCACUACUGUCUCAUAUCUACAGAACAGGCCACGAGGUUCCCAAAGAGCACAGGUAUCCACCAGUGAAGAAGAGGAAAAUGGAAAAAUUGUCAAGCAGUACAACAAAUUUUAUGCCUGAUGAACUAAUAAAUGAAAUUCAGACUGUAAGAAAAAGCUCAGCGGAAGGAGCAGCCCCUACCAUACUCGUCUCUGGAGCUUCAGACAUAGCACAGCACAACACUAACAACGCCAAACACACCCAAAAACUCCUCCUCCCGAAGCCCAAAGUGGCCCUAGUCAACGUUCCUAUUAUGCAGUUCACCCACCUGCCUGUUCUCCUACCCUCCGCGGAAAGUAGUGCCUUGAGGUCCUUGGUCUUGUCUGUGGAUGCACAAGGAUCCGUAAGCACUGUGCAUAUUUUGUCACCGUCAGUCGGCACUGUGAUGCCUGAUCUGAACAAUAAGACAUUUAAAGAGGCCUUUCCAUUACAUACAUCAGGCCCAGAAACAAUUAGCACAGGAGUACAGGUCAAUCUCGAAAGUCAAGCCGCUUUGGGAGAUCCAGUGGAUCUUGGAUCCAGAAACAAAAGCACUUCAACAAACAUUCAAACCGACAUAUCAUACCUCAGCAAAGGGAUGGAUGCUGGACCGCUGACUGUUUCCCCCUGCUGUGAGGCCUCUGUGUCCUCUUGCUCUCAGACAGACAUCAGCGUAAGCGCUCAGAUUCAGCUGCCUGUUAAUGUGCAGACCCAGACACUACCCUCGCGAAUCAAAGCCACAUUUUCCAUUGGAGCGCAGACAGAUGUUUUCAGUUUUUCUUCCUUUAAUGUGACCCGAGAAACGCAAGCAGCAGGCUGUUCUGCAGCCCCAGUGGAUGAAAGCCAAAUGGACCAAGCAAUGUUUUUCAAUACCGAUACUCUCAGUGUCUCCACUCAGACAGCAGAGGAUGAUGCACAUUUCAGAACCAGUGGCUUAGAAGAUCCUCUGACCAGCACUGAAGCUGGGCUUUUUGAGGACAAGACUGCUGCGUCCAUGUGUUUUGGGGCUCAGACUGACAUUUUGCACCAAAACACAGUAGCAGACAACCAGACUCAGACCAUGAUACUUUUCCGUGACCUUGAGAAUAUUCUUUCUGACAGCAUGAACGGGGCAGCUUCAAGCUGCACUUCGGGUUUAGUUGCUACGCACGAACCACAUCACACUGGUAUCGACUUUGACUUUGAAGAGUUCCUUAAUGCCACACACAUUCAAACUCAGACAGAAGAAAGUGGAUUAAACAGUCUGAACACAGAGACAACUUUGGAACUUCUAGACAUUGAGACACAGACUGACUUCCUGCUCUUCGACAACCUUGGUAAUGGGCACAACAGUGAUGUUGGAACAAGGGUGCAACCAAGUGAUCUGGAGCUUGAGAUGUUUGACACGCAGACCCAGACGGACCUUAACUUCUUACUUGACACGGGUGGGCACAUGCCCCUUGGCAGUAUCCUCAGACAGUCUAGUUUCAGCAUGAGCACAGAGUCCUCAGACACAGAAACGCAGACCGACGUCAGGCCCGCUCCACUUUCUCUGCCUUGCUCCCAUGAUGGGCAGGUGAGGCUUAGCACUGCUGAAACCCAGACCAUCUCCAGUUCCUUUCAGAGCCUUGGCCACCUCUUCCACACUAGCAACGAGACCCAAACUGCAGUGGAUGACUUCCUUUCAGCAGACUUGGCCUGGAACAUGGAGUCUCACUUUAGCUCGGUGGAAACAACGUGUGAGGAGCUCAUCUCGCUAUUUCAACACAACGAGAAAGCCACAAGCUGAAGGCUCCAUCAAAGGCAAUUUGGUCAAUUUAGGUCACAUAAUGGUCAAUCCUAGUAUCUCCCUCAGCAAGGAUGGCAGAACUUCGAAACAGUUCCUCACAACCAUCUAGAGCUCAGUCUGUCAGAUACUAACGUUGUGUCUAAUCGCAGAAUUUCCAUUUAGACACAGGUAAGGUCCACAGGCACUUCUAUCUGCCCAAGUCUAAGGAUGUGUAAGUAUACCUUUGCAGCACUUUAUCACCUCACUAUUAAUGAUCCACAUAUAUCGGAAGUCCUUAAAGUAUUUUAUUUGUUGUAGUAGGUCAGGCUUGUGGCAAUGCGUAGUAAGUUUGUA